AUGCUGUGUGGUCUGAGACGAGACUCCAAGAGUAGCACGGAUGAGGGCCCAUACUCGAAGGGGAACAAGGACUCAGGACCAUGUGACCAAUCACAUUCCAGCCAGCGGCACAGUCUUUCAGAGGAGUUCAGGGGAGUGACCACUGUUGAGCUGAUGAAGAGAGAGGGGAGCAGCCUGGGUCUCACCAUCUCCGGAGGCUCAGACAAAGAUGGCAAACCCAGAGUGUCCAACCUCAGGCCGGGUGGGCUCGCGGCCAGGAGCGACCAGCUGAAUGUUGGAGACUACAUUAAAUCAGUCAACGGCAUUAAUUUGUCCAAACUUCGUCACGAUGAGAUUAUCAGUCUGCUCAAAAACAUCGGGGAGAGAGUCGUGCUGGAGGUGGAAUAUGAGCUGCCCCCGUUUGUUCAGAACCCCUCAGGAGUCAUCACCAAGACGAUAGACGUGUGCUUACACAAGGAGGGCAACAGCUUUGGAUUUGUAAUGAGAGGAGGUUUUCAUGAAGAUUGGCGAAGGUCCCGUCCUCUGGUUGUUACAUAUGUCCGGCCUGGUGGUCCUGCCGACAGAGAGGGCAUGUUGAAAGCUGGUGACCGUCUGCUGAGCAUUGAUGGGAUGCCACUGAACAGGGAGAAACAUGCGGACGCUCUGACUGUCCUGAUGCAGAGCGCUCAGGAGGCUCUGUUCCUGAUCGAGUACGACGUUUCUGUCAUGGAGGCAGUGCAGCAGGCCUCGGGCCCCCUGCUGGUGGAGAUUGUGCGUGGCGCUUCAUCGAGCCUGGGGAUCAGCCUCACCACAGCCCUGUACCGCAGCAAACAAGUCAUUAUUAUAGACAAGAUCCGGCCGGCCAGUGUGGUGGAAAGGUGUGGAGCGCUGCAUGUUGGGGACAUUAUUCUGGCCAUCGAUGGGACUAGUACCGAGCACUGUUCCCUGAUGGAGGCCACGCAGCUCCUCGCCAACUCCGGUGACGUCAUCAAACUGGAGAUACUUCCAGCCAAUCAGAGCAGACUUCCACCUCGGCCACAUGACACAGUAAAAGUGCAGAAGAGCAGCCAUCACCAUCACUGGGACCAAGGCUACUGCCAUCCCCCACAUGUGAGCCAUAGUAAGACAUGGAGCAGCCCCAGUCACCCACACAACCAGCCGGACCUCUGCAAAUCCCUGGUGAGUGGUGGCUUCUCCCCUUCCUCCACAGUCACUUCAGGCUUCAGCAGUCAGGGCAGCAGCACUUUGCCCUGCCCCAAUGCCCCUGCUGCCCCCUCCAGCCCUCGCAGCUCCACGGGACGCCGCAGGACCCGCAAGAAAGACCACAAGAGUUCACUGUCCCUGGCCUCCAGCUCCGUGGGCCCAGGAGGUCAAGUCUUUCAUGUGGAAACGAGUGAGGUGGUCCUGAGGGGAGAUCCGCUCACAGGUUUUGGGAUCCAGCUUCAGGGAGGUGUCUUUGCCACAGAGGCCCUGUCCGCGCCGCCGGUCGUUCGGUUUAUUGAGCCUGACAGUCCGGCCGAAAGGUGUGGGCUGCUGCAGGUCGGAGACAGACUCUUGUCCAUCAAUGGGAUUCCCACUGAAGACGGCACUUUGGAGGAGGCCCACCAGCUCCUCAGAGACUCGGCUCUCUCCAACAAGGUCACGCUGGAGAUCGAGUUUGACAUAGCAGAAUCUGUGGUCCCAAGCAGCGGCACAUUCCAAGUGAAGCUUCCCAAGAGAAGGGGGGUAGAGCUUGGCAUCACCAUUAGUGCAAGUAAAAAACCUGGAAAACCCCUCAUCAUCUCUGAGAUAAAGAAAGGAAGCAUCGCACACAGAACAGGCACUCUGGAGCCGGGGGACAGGCUGCUGGCCAUCGACACUGUUCGUCUGGAGAACUGCACAAUGGAAGACGCCAUGCAUGUGUUAAACCAGGCUGAGGACAUGGUCAAACUGCGCAUACAGAAAGACGAGGACAACAUUGAUGAGUUGGAAAUGUCCGGCUCUAUAAUCUACACCGUUGAGCUGAAGCGGUACAACGGUCCGCUGGGCAUCACCAUUUCUGGCACAGAGGAGCCUUUUGACCCCAUCGUCAUUUCGGGCUUGACUAAAAAGGGCCUUGCAGAGAGGACAGGGGCCAUCCAUAUAGGUGACAGGGUCCUGGCCAUCAACAGCACCAGCCUCAAAGGGAAACCGCUGAGUGAAGCCAUCCACCUCCUGCAGAUGGCCGGAGAGUCUGUCACGCUCAAGAUCAAGAAGCAAUCAGAGCGUCCAGAUUCCAGGCCGCUGCUGUACAGAGAGACUGGAUACCUGUGUGACCUGGAUGACGAGCUGACGGGGUCGCAGAAAACCAGCAAACUGUCUGAAGGCUACUCUGCCACGGUGCCCAGUGUGGACUCCGCCAUGAGCUCCUGGGACGGCUCCGGCUUCGACACCGGCUACAGCAACCCAGGCUCAUAUCUUCACAAACCCUCGGACUUCUUGCUAAACACCAGUGAAUGGCAACACUCAAAGCACCGGAGUCAGUCGGGCUCGGGGUCGGCGGGACUGUCCCACCACACGCUGCUGUACAAGCCCCGCUUCACAGACGACGACUGGGACAAAGUACCAGGAUUUAUCAGCCCUCCCCGUUUCAAAGGCAACGUCUCCCAGGACUCGAGUUUCUGGUCCCAGGCCUUGCAGGACCUGGAGACCUGUGGCCAGUCCGAGAUCAUCCGAGACCUGGAGGUGAGUCUCUUAUUCUGCCAGACACAAAGAUUAACAUACCAAAAGGUGCGACUCCGUUAA